UAGGAUAUCCUAUAAGAAUUAUAAUUCCUAAAGGAGAUUGCAUUUCCCAUAAUAUGAGUGUUUAUAUAUAUAUGUAGCCUAUUUCCUCAUCACUCUCUUUUUAUUUGCAAACAAAAUCCAAAUAGAGGACACAUUUCAAGCACUCAAUCAGCAGCAUUCCUAAUCCGAAAAAAAAUCGACAAAAAGAUCAGAUCCGUGAAAUACAAUGACAUUGAAAUAUACGUGGUUUACAGUUACUCUGAUCUGUAUUGCGUAUAAAUGUGAGAUAGGAUAUGUUGGUUACAAUUGUACAAAACCAUGCAUGUAUCCUAACUAUGGUGAAAGAUGUCAAAAGGAGUGCCAUUGUACUGAGGACCUUUGUGACCACAGACUUGGAUGCAUUCUACCUCAAAAUUGUCGAGAUGGUUACUAUGGUCCGGGCUGUAUCUCUCCAUGUCGAUAUCCAAGCUUUGGUAAAAAGUGUCAAUACAUGUGUUUAUGUCAACUCUAUGAUUGCAAUCACAUUAUUGGAUGCCAUAAUAUCUCAGAAAGUGCAAAACCCAACGAGGACUGGCUGGAGGGGAAACAACUCAUUAAUAUAUUAAUCGUAACAGGAAAUUUUGUUUUAUUUGGAACUAUAGGAAUAUCAAUAAUCAUAUAUGUCAAAAUAUAUAGAUCAAAGAGGAAUGAGAGAAGGAAACAGGCACAUAACAUCUGAUGGAACUUACAUAAGAUUCAGAAUA